GUGAAUAUUUUGGCAGCAUGCAGCGCAGCUUGGUGGACCCUUGAUAUCGGCCUUUCAAUGACGUCUUUGUCGCUCUCAUGGAUGACGUUUCUGGGUGCUUCACCGACCGUUGGAUUAUCCGGGUUGGAUUCUCUGCCCUCAGAUCUUCGAUCACCCUCAAUACGGUUCCCAGUCCGCCCACGAACUCUAAAGAACCUCCAGGUACAGGCAGCUGGGAGUACUUUUGGAACUCAUUUCCGUGUUACAACUUAUGGUGAAUCUCAUGGUGGUGGUGUUGGUUGUGUAAUUGAUGGAGUGCCUCCCAGGCUCCCCCUUUCAGAAGCUGAUUUGCAAGGGGACCUUGACAGAAGGAGGCCCGGUCAGAGUCGAAUUACCACCCCAAGGAGGGAGACUGAUACAUGCAAAAUACUCUCUGGGGUUUACGAAGGAAUGACUACAGGAACACCAAUCCUUGUAUUUGUACCCAAUACUGAUCAAAGAGGACAUGACUACAAAGAAAUGUCUCAAGCUUAUAGGCCGUCACAUGCAGAUGCAACUUAUGACAUGAAGUAUGGUUUCAGAGCAGUGGCGGGUGGGGGCAGAUCUUCAGCUAGAGAAACCAUUGGAAGAGUUGCUGCUGGAGCAGUUGCUAAGAAAAUCCUCAUGGACUUUUCCGGAACUGAGGUUCUUGCUUAUGUUUCACAAGUGCACAAGGUUGUGCUUCCUCAGGACGUGGUUGAUCAUGAUACUCUGACACUUGAUCAGAUAGAGAGUAAUAUUGUUCGAUGCCCCUAUCCUGACUAUGCAGAGAAGAUGAUUGAUGCCAUUGAUAAAAUCCGGGUGAGAGGGGAUUCAGUUGGUGGUGUCCUCACAUGCAUUGUGAGGAACUGUCCACGUGGUCUUGGUUCGCCAGUCUUUGACAAACUCGAUGCUGAAUUGUGUAAAGCUCUCAUGUCAAUACCUGCAACAAAGGGUUUUGAAAUUGGCAGUGGGUUUGCAGGUACCUUUAUGACUGGGAGUGAACACAAUGAUGAGUUCUAUGUUGAUGAUAAUAAAAGUAUCAGGACAAGAACAAAUCGCUCAGGCGGGAUACAGGGAGGAAUAUCCAAUGGAGAAACAAUAAACAUGAGAAUUGCUUUCAAGCCAACAGCAACAAUUGGUAAGCAGCAGCAUACAGUCACUAGAGAUAAACAGGAGAUAGAACUAAAAGCCAGGGGUCGCCAUGAUCCAUGCGUUGUCCCACGAGCGGUACCGAUGGUAGAAGCAAUGGUAGCCCUGGUGCUUGUGGACCAAUUAAUGGCACAUUAUGCGCAAUGCAAUUUAUUUCCUCGGGAUCAAGAUCUAUAGGCACCCCUUCCAGUUCCAAGACUUGAGGAGGUAACCAAGCCAGCUUCCCCUUUGAAAGUCUGCAAAGCCACUGUACAUACAUCUGCUUUUGGAUCUAACAGCCAAUUUUCCGGUUAAAAAACUCGGUAUAUGUUUGUGCAAUGGCAAUAUAAUGUUUCUUUGCCUCUUCUUCUUCUGUUUGUCCAUCAGAUUGAGAAAAAUGUGUUAUAAUAAUUGGGGAUUAUGUUGACCAUGUUUCGCCAUAUACAUACAUUUCAAUAAAUUGGAACUAUUUUUUAGUACCAAAAUCAAGGCCCUGUUUGGCCGUGUA